AUGAACGCUUUUGGACACCAACCAUCAAACCAGCAGACCAGCCCCAUUCAGCACCAAGCGCAGGAGAUCCUGGACAUGGCCGUGUACUGCGAUAACUACGGUGUAUACCAACAGAACCUCCACCACCACCCUCAGAGGCCGCCAACACAUCCCUCCAGCUACGGCCUCGGAGACUACACCUCUCCGUCCGCGAACCCGUACCUGUGGCUGAAUGGACCCAGCAUCAACUCCUCUCCGUACCUCCCAGGGAACAACGGCACCUCCUACAUCCAGUCCGGAUACGGGUCCAACCAGAGGCAGUUCUUACCGCCUCCUCCAACCGGGUUUGGUGGAGCAGACCUGGGCUGGCUGUCCAUAUCCAGUCAGCAGGAACUCUUUAAGAUGGUCAGACCACCUUAUUCAUACUCUGCGCUGAUAGCCAUGGCCAUUCAGAACGCGCAGGACAAAAAGUUAACUCUCAGCCAGAUUUAUCAGUAUGUGGCUGAGAACUUCCCUUUCUACAAGAAGAGCAAAGCUGGAUGGCAGAAUUCAAUCCGUCACAAUUUGUCUCUGAACGACUGUUUCAAAAAAGUGGCACGGGACGAGGAUGACCCUGGUAAAGGAAACUACUGGACGCUGGACCCAAACUGUGAGAAAAUGUUCGAUAACGGGAACUUCAGGCGGAAGAGGAAGAGGAGAUCAGACAUCACCGGCCCUGAAAGCACCUCUCUCCCGGUGAAGUCAGAAGACAGCCCGCAAAACAAGCUCUCCGACACCGCCAGCCUCGUCAGCUCCUCCCCGCCCAGUCUGCACGGCUCCCCGGCCUCCACGGAGCCCAAGUCGUCGCCGUCUCCCUCCGCGGAGCACAGCCCGUGUUUCGGCAGCUUCGUGUCCAGCGUGAACGCGCUGCUGGCGGGCAGCGGCAGCGAGGUGUCCCGGGGAGGGGAGCGGGAGUACGGCUCCGGGCAUCACGGCGGACUGAGUCACAGCAGAGAGGGGGGCAUGUCCGGACUGGGCUCGUACUCGCCCUCAUUAAUCUCCCCUCUGAACUCUGAAAACAACAGAAUGAACUAUUACACAUCAGUACAGAGCUUGACCAACCAUUUCAGUGUGAAUAACCUCAUAUACAACCGGGAAGGAACUGAGGUGUGAACUGGAAAAGUAUUUUAUCACUCAAUGUUAACAUUCAUCUUUCUUUGGGAGCAUGCUCCAUAAACUGGUUUAGUAGGCCUCGAUUUGAAUCUAGCACUGGGGCUGAGCUUCCUAACUGGGAAUCAUAUUGUUAUCUGGUGCUUUGUAAAGAAAUGGUCAUGCUCCCAAAGUGCCAUAUUUUCAUUGGGUUGUCUAUCAACUGGCAACAAAAAUGUUCACAUGUAAAAAAAACAUGACUGUGUAGUUUUCUAAUAUGUUUUUGUCAUACUUAUUGUAGCUGCUCUGUGUCUUUGUAAAAAAAAAAAAGAAGACACCUUUGUACAGAAAUU